GCUUUGUUCCCACAAGCCCUUGUGGAUGACCUGGGUCAACUUAGGGUGGCCUGUUCUGUUGUGCAGCAGCCGGUGCUUUUUCAUUUCCAUGGUGACUUCCAGAGGGCCUCCUGCUGCACCAUUAAACACAUGAAUGGAGGGGGUCAUUUGGUUUUUUAUCCACCAACACACAAACAUAUACACACUGCAUAUGACCAUAGAAGCUCCACCUGCUCACAAGAAGUUAGAAACAUUUGAAUUGUAACUUAGUAGUUCUGCAUACAAGAUAAGAUAAGAAGAACUUUAUUUUACAGACUCAAAAUCUGUAAGCUUUGACGGAGAGAUCUCCGUGACUGAAUAUGAAGAAAAUACUUUACAGACCAUGUUUUGUGGUAUGGUAUGUUUAAGAACUGAUCAUCAGUAAAUACUCUGGUAGUGAUGAGGCAGAAAAAAAAAUCUUUAAAACUUGGAAGUAUGAUGUCUUUACAUGGAGAACUGUUUGAAUGAUUGAGUCAAGACCCCUGUGUAUCUUGCAGAUGUCCCGCUCACCCUGUUGAUAGUUAUGCCAAAUAGAGUAGGAUAGGAUGAGGCAAGAUUGUCAGGUUGGAUCGAGCGGUCUUGUCAAAGCCCAUGCUGAAGUUUAUGGUUGCUUCGUGUCUUUGUUCUUCAAAUGGUCAAACUUUUAACAUUGGCGUUAGGAUCUAUCAACACUUAUGGUUUAAGUUAUCCUACUCUGAAGCUAUCACCACAUUUACGAUGCAUCCACUAGCUCUGUUGCAGUUGGCUGGAUUUCAGGACAGGAUUGAACCCCUCUGUAUAGGGUGGCAGUAGCUCAGGAGGUAGAGCGGUCCUCCAAUAACUGGAAGGUUGGUCCUUGGGCAAGACACUCAAGGUGGGUUAAGCGUCUUGUCCAGGGACACAAUGGACAGAUUCCCCCCUAUCCCGAAUCUGUCUGUUGUGUCCUUGGACAAGACUUGACCCACCUUGCUCCCAGUGUGUGUCCUCCACUGGUGUAUGAUUGUGAAAGUGUUGUGCGGUGGUGGUCGGAGAGGCCGUAUGCGUAAACUGGCGGCCACCAGUCAGUCUGCUCCAGGGCAGUUGUGACUACUAAGGUAGUUUACCACCACCAAGGUAUGACUGUGUGAGUGAAAUUAAUGAUGUAUCCAAUGUAAAGCGCUUUGAGGGUCUCUGAUAAAGCGCUAUAUGCAUUAUUGUUAUAUUAUUUAGUUUACUAAUUCAGAAUAUUGACAGAUACUUACAUUUUUUAUUUGCCACAGACUCAAAAGGCAGAGCUGAAAUAUGAAUUACUCCUUCUGUAGGUUGAUUUGACAUGACGUGUGAUCAGGUUGUCUCUGGCAUUGUUGUUGCCAUGGAGAAUUAAUCAGUGUGGUCAAGGACUUUUGACCAAUCAGAGUCAAGUAUUUCACGCAGCCGGGAAGUAAUCCAGUUUAAUAACCUGAAACUAUACAUCAUCCCUUUUGUGUGUGUGUGUGUGUGUGUAUGUGUGUGAGUGUGUAUUUGUAUGGCAUUACAGGAAAACGCAUGACUCAGCAGUAUUUAAAGUAGUUUUGUGGUUCUUCACAGCAGCUUGAGAGCGACUGAUUACAUAUUAAUGAGUGUUAGUGAAUGACUCAAACAGGCCACCAUAUGUCUCCUCACUGACUGUAACAGGUGGGCGUGAAUCACCUCAGAAAAGACAAUAAACGAAGCUUCAUUUAAUCUGAAACAAACAUGAUUCAUCCCGAAAAGAGAUGUGAGAGGGGGAAACCAUCUGUGGUUGUAUUCACAAAGCUUAGUUGCUCCUAAUAAUGAAAUCCUUGAUAGAUUCUUAAAGUUUUCUGACAAUAUUCCUUCAAAAUUCAGACAGGAGCUUUGGAAAGAUAAGUCAUUUAUAAAGCAUUUUAGCAACAACUGUUAGGAGGAGUGAGACCUUUAAGACGCUUAAGAUUUUUUCACAGAAAUAGAGAAAGGUGGUAAAAUGUACUCUAAACAAUGAAUGGCAGGGAGCUAAUUGAAUGCUAUGAAUUAGAACUCGCAGUGAACAUGGCUGGACUUACAUAGAUCACAAUAACACAAUAUCACCAGAUGUGAAGUUAUCAUGACGUAUUUUGCAACUUGAAAAAAAAUUCAACAGCUAAAUUCCUGAUGAUGUUUGUCUACGGUUUCCUUUUUGUACGGUACUGCUUAACCUAGUUGCUUUUAUGUGAUGCCGUCUUUUAUCUUUUAUGUCAUCUCUUAUCUCUUUUACCUCUAUCUUAUUUUGGUUUUACUGUCUUUUUAGCUUCUCUUAAUUAACCUUUUAGACUUUUUAUUGUUUUAUCUCUUGCUCAUUUCUGUUGCUCUAUUUUAUCAUUACUAUUAUUAUCAGGAUUGCCUGUUAUUAUUCUAUUAUCAUUGUUGAUAUUGCUUUUUACAUUUACUAUCCUGUUUCUGCUUUCAACCCCCCUUUUAAUUGCAUUAUCCCUUUUUUCUUAACUAGUUUAUGUUUUUAUUCUGGUCCUCAUGGUCUCAUUUUAUGUUGCAUGGUUCUUGUAUUGUCUGGGUUACUUAUGACAUGAAAAUGGCCUUUAAUUCCGUUUUUACUGUGAUUUUUGUUUUUAUCUGUCUUUUUUUUCCCUGUGCUUUAUGACUAUAUGUCAAAGCACUUCGUAAACUUCUGUUUUUUAAAAGUGCUAUACAAAUAAAAGUUAUUAUUAACCUGCAAUAGUAGAUGCAGUAAGGGACUGCAUUUACAGACUUUUGGAAGGGAUUUUUAGGGCGCGUUCAUACCACCCUUGUUUAGUCCGGUUGAACCGAACCCUGGAGCGUUUUCCCCCUUGGUGCGGUUCGUUUGGGUCGGUGUGAACGCUGACCUCGAACUCUUGUGCAGACCAAAUCAACGAACUCUGGUCUGCCUGAAGAGGUGGUCUCGGACCGCUAUCAAGUGAACUCUGGGGUGGUUCAUUUCUGGUGAGAACGUCAUCCACACCAAUCACAGGAAAUGUAUUAAUUAAUGCCGCAGUUUGCGCUCGCUGGCUAAUGAGCCGUUUAUACGCGUGAUGGACUAGCGUCUUUUGAUACGCACUCCAGAUGAGUAGCAAAAGCAAAAUCAGCCUACGAUGCUGCAUGACAGGUAAAGACAGCAGGUUUGUAUUCCCGCUAUUCGUGGUCACGUGACUUCCGGUUCUGUUUUCUGGAGCGACUGAGUUUGUCCUUUGUGAGCGUAAACCGGACCAGUUAAACAAUCAAAACAAAUGUAUCGUCUUGCCUUGGAUUCGAAUCAGGAAACAGACCUUUAGGUGUGAACAUGACCUUAGGCAAUGCAGUGACUUCAACUUCAGAGUCAUGCCUGUUUUAACAGCGAUGCCUGAGGUCACAGUCAUCCAUUACUAACCCCAGUAUUUAGGAGAUGCUGGGAAGUGUUAGGGAAAUGACUUUUCCAGUGUUUUGUUGUCCCUGACCAAAUUGUUUUGAAAUGUGUUUAAAGUCAGCACAUAUAUCAACAAAAUCGUACAAUUUCAACAUUAGACAUGCUGUCUAUUUUUGUGUUUAAAUCAUUCAAAAACCAUCAAAUUCUGUUUUUAUUAGCGUUUUAUUCAGGGUCUGAACUAUUUUGGAGCACAGGUUGUCUGAACUCGAGUAGAAUGGGUCUAAAAAAAGUUUCAAUUUUUCAUAAGGCUUACGUACUCUGAUCAAGGUUGGCUUUUUUUAGACUAUGGCGUCAACAAAACUCCCAUUAUUUUUUACAUCCUUUUCAAUGCAAACAUUUGUUCUUCUAUUUUGAGCUUCGAGAUGUGACAAUGUGCAGAUUCUACUGCAAUAAAAAAUCAAUUUCAAGUUUCUUUUGAGUGUUUCUGGUUCUGCCUGUCCCUGUGAUUUUAAUUCAAGGUACAGCUGCUGAAUGCCUUGUGUGUGAGUUUGCCAUUGUGUGUUUGUGUGUGUGUGUAUAGAGUGACAGUGGGCGGAGUUAUGUUCCUUGCUUAUUGAGUCCAAAGCUCUGAUUGGCCAUUUCCACCGUUGUUUUGAGUCCCUGUGUGAUUGGACAUGUGUGAUUUAUCUACGAUUGGAAGUCACGUGACCUUGACCGUAAAGGUGUGCGUGUGUCCGGUGGGGGGUUACGCGAGGCAGGAGGGUCACUGGGUUUUUUUUUGUGUGUGCAUAUUGUGAAGAAGAAAGCAGGAACAGGAGACAAGGCAUCGUUUCUCGGCUGAGGGGAUUAAAACUGUGACUCAAGGAGAGCUUGAACAGGGAUGUCCAGCAUGCAGUCAACUUCUUUCGUCUGAUAUUCGUGCAGUUUGUGCACGAGGCUGCAGACACCUCGCACCAUGGCAGAAGGUAUGAAGAGCUUUUUUAGUGUUGCUUCAAAACUAGAGAUAAGGGGGACUCUUCUCUUUCCCUUUCUAGAUUUGUCAGUUUUUGUUUUCCCCGAGUGGACACAUGUUUUGUUGUCAGAGUGAAAGUGUGUUGUUGUUUUUGUGGAGAUAGUAUGGAAGUGUAAGGGACACUUGAGAGCCACAGAAAGCAGUGUAAAACAGAGGGGUGGUCUCUUCUUCAACUAGAGUUUUACAGGUACACUAAAAACAAGUGUUCAUUAUUGGAUUCAGCUGUUUAAGCAGAAUUUAAAAUAAAGUUUAAAAUUUUGCUUUGACAAAAGAGGGGAUAUUUUAUUUUGAAGGCCCUCAGAUGUGCACAGGCAGGAAUUAAAACCUCAUCUGUGGCGAAAUAAAUUUCUUUUUCUCUGUCAUCGAGAAAAAAAACGUGAAAAACGUAACUGAGAUGACGAUUCAUCUCGUAAUUUAAAUGCAUUAAACAUAACAGGCCGUAUGGUAAACAAUAGGCCGAUUGCUGGAUUAUCAUUAUUGAUCCAUAAAACGAUUCCCUUUAGAGGACAGGGAGAUUGAUCGACUUGGCUAAGAAUCCAAUAUCAAUCUUUUUUUGUGGGGGACAAAAUUAGAAGUUUAUCCCUUUUUUACAUCAUUUUUUAAAUUUUUUUUCCUCAAUUAACUUCUAUUUCAAAGUGUUCUGUCACAUUUUUAAAAAAUCCGGUAUUCUUUGAAAAUAUUGCACCAUCGUGGGAAUUUAACAUCCUUAGAUAUUGGACAAUGACUUGGGUAAGAUGAAGCUUUGGACGUGGCAUUUCCACGUGUAUUUCUCGUUGUUUUCUGACAUUUUUAAAAGUCUGUAAUCAGGGAACAACAGCAUGACUGAAUUAAUAAUCAUUUAGAGGCAAUUGGAAGCUUUAGGCUCACAUCUAUUUACCAGAGCACACCAUGUACAGCUUGCAAAAGAUAGAUAGUCCAUGAAAAAAUAUCGAGGCAGGUUUUGUUGUGAGCUCCUUCUUCUCUUGGGUUCCUCUGGACUUUUGCUGCAGACAUGAACAUCAGCCUCACCAACAUUAAUAACAUAAAACUAGAGUUAACUACUAUUAGGCCUGCUGACUGUAAUCACAUUAAAUAGAUUUAACAGAGUCCAUAAUAACUUAUAUCCUAACCCUGUAAACUGGCUUUAUUUUGUUUCAUCAUUACAUGAGCUGUUGUUGUUGUUGUUUUAAUGUUGCUGCUGUCCCCUGUCUCUCUACUCUCUCCCUCCCUCCCCCUUACCUAUUCCCUCUCUCCUUCCCUCUAUCUUGUUCUCUUUCUCUCCCCUUGCCCUCUCUCCUCUCUCUCUCUCUCUCUGUAUUUCUCCCCAACCCAGCAGCGGCCUGGUGGCUGUCUAGCAUGAGUCUGGUCCUACCCAAGGUUUAAACCUGUUAAAAGGAAGUUUUUACUUGCCACUGUUACUCAUGUUAGAUGAGAUGAGUUAAAUCCGUCCCAUCUUUGGUUGGGUCUUGAUAAUUCAUCCAACAAUGAGCGUGGUCUAGACCUGCUUUUUUUCUUUGGAAAGCAUCUUGGGAUGAAGUCUAUUGUGAAUAGGCGCUAUAUACAUUUUUUUUUUAUUUGAUUGAUUGAUUAACUGUGUUGUGUCCCUGUGCGUAAUACGUCAGACGCACACAUGCAUCAGAGUUGAGGUUCUUCGGUUUAACUCUGCUGCCACUCAUGAAACUACGGUGUCCCUAGAGCUCAACCGUGCAAUCCUUUUAAUGACCGAAAAACACAAUCACAAUAGACAAAAAAAAGAAAAAAAAAAUUCACAGAAGGCAAAAAAUAUUUCACAUAACCUCAAAAUAUUUCACAUAACCUCAAAAUAUUUCACAUAACCUCAAAAUAUUCCACAUUACUUGACAAUAUUGAUCAUGUUUUUUCAGAAACAUUUGUCUUCAUUUAGGCUUUAGUGAAAACUAUGUGCUUUAUGAAGUAUUUUUGUGUGAUAUAUUUUUUGCAUUUUAUGAUAUUUUUAAAUUUUCUUACUCUUUCUGCAAAACGUUUCUGUAUUAUUUCCAAUAUUAUUUUUGUGAAUUAUUUUGUUUAUUUUUGCAGCUGUAUGCAGACAAAGACAUGGAGGUGACAGAAAACGAAAGGUUGCUGUAGUUUUUAAAAUAAAAAACAUUAAAAAAAUAAAAAUAUAUGAACUAUUUCAAGUUAUACAUAACUUAUUCACCAGUAAAGAUAUUAGCCUUCUUUUACUGAGCUGGUUUAGUCCUUUGGUUCACUGGUUUAUGUGGGAGAAAUUCCCACAGCCUCCUGUGAACUGUUAAAAAUAGCAGUGAUCAUGAUACCUUUGUUAAAACGACAUAGUCCACUGUUAAUUUCUUCGUGAUCUUAAACUCAGGACAUAGUAUUGUUCUGGAUUGCAGGUUUGGUAGAAGGAUUGAACACUUGCAAGUAACCCUUCAUAUCACAAUCUCUAUUUGGGCUGACCACCCCCAAAGGUUUGACCCUAAAGUCGCUCCUGACCACCACCAUCAUUUAGUAUCUCUGUGUGUCGUUCAGGAGGCUGGGUGCAGGGGGAGGAAGAGGAAGAGGAGGAGGAGGCUCUGGCCUGGGGCAGUGGGGUGUGUAAGUGGUUCAACGUGAGGAUGGGCUUUGGAUUCCUCUCCAUGAACAGCAGGGAUGGAGUUCCGCUGGAGGAGCCGCUGGACGUGUUCGUGCACCAGGUGAGACGCCACAGCUACUUAAAGGUUUGAUUUUACCUCCAAAAUUGUAACAAACGUUUAACUGAGUCAAAAACAUAUUUCUGCACUCUGAGAGAAUUUGAUAAGUCCCGAAAACAUACUCAUACCAGCGUAUUAGACGUAAAUAUGAACACUUCAUAUAGCCUGUCAUCUGCCAAUCCACCUGAGUCACUGAUGCGAGUGCAGUACCAUGUUUCACUCCUCCUCUCAGACAGAUAUUUCCUGUGGAGCCUUACAGGUACAGAAAAGGGGUUAGAGCAGAGACUUUUCUACUGAAAGAAGUUAGAGGCUAAAGCAGAGAAAACAAAGCUCAAACUUCUCCUCUUCCAGCUCUGCUUCCUGUUAUAAAGUCAUUAAAGCAUCAGGGAACCCACCCUGCCCUCAUCGUCAGUCCCACCUCCCAUGUGGAGAAACUUCUCAGGUUACCUGCUGCUGUGAGGCUGUAAAUCAUCUAAUCUGAGAGAGGGGCUUUAGAUGCUGUUUUUGACGGCUUUAGUGAGCUACUGCUGAACUGAGGUUUCAGCAGAUGGAGGACUGCAGUCUUAAGUCUUUGUUUGAAUAACACUGUAAAUAUUGUUGGAAUAAUUUUUCAAAGGUUCUGAUUUCAAAUGAUACCAAGAGUAGAGACUGCAUUGUACAAGUGAGGGGAUACUAGUAUUUUAAACCUUAGAUCUGGGAUGUUUUUACGUCUCGAAAACUAACUGUAAGGAAAGAAAUCUUUGAAUAGAACACGUGGAUUACUAUGGAGCGUACCCUUGCUGCAUGGACGAAUUGGUUGUGAAAGUCAAAUUACCAAAGGACAUCUUUCUUUCAUCAAAAUGUUUAAAAAUUGAAAAUUUGCCUACAUAAUUUAACUACUUUUUUUUAAAGCAAUGAAAAAGAUCAGAAAUGCUCAUCUCAAAGCGACCAGGCUGCACUAAAAAGCAGCAAUUUUAUGAAAGAGGAGUUAUUUGUCCUCCACUGACCUUAAAAAUCAUUUAAAAAUUGUGAGCAGCCUAGAUUUUGUCUACCUUUUGAUUAACCCUUUAGACCCUUUCAUUUGAAGAGUUAUGUGUUUAUUAAAAACCAUUGACAACAUCCGAAAUGCUAAUUUCAAAGCCACCAAACCUUAGGUAAGAAAAAAGUGUUGCUUUUAAAAAGUCUGACUUUUUUGUCCCUCACUUCCUCUGAAGUGUAUUAUUUGUGUUGUGCUUUUUAUACAAAUCUAAUUUUUUUGUUUAACCAUUAAAGAUGAUCAAGUCAUAUAACUGCAAAAAAAGCGCCAAGUAAUUAAUAUUUUCAUGUUGUAGGUCCUGAAUGAAGGUCGAAUUUUUCAUCUGAGAUGUAGCUCAUCUGCACCUGCAGUUAAUGGCAAUACUAUAACGCUUUUUUAGCACUCAGUUGUGUGGUGAUCCUUUUUUUGCUAUCAGCUUUAAAAUUAAACAUAAUUCAUUUAAACUCAAAAAACCCAUGAAGACUUUCUGCCAGUUCAGUUUCCUUCCUGGCUUUUAACCAGUUGUUAACUGAUAUCGUUUUUUCAUUGGCUGAUAUCAGUAUCAUUAAAAAAAGUGGUAAAAAUGAAGCUUUUAUGUUGUUGUUUUCUUACAUUUAGUGAAAUACAACAGUUGUAUAACAAUAACCCAUUAUUUAAUGCACAGGAGAACGUAAGAUAUGCACAGGGUCGCAUAUAGAUACAACACAUACAGAGAAAUAUUGACCUAUCAGUCGAGUGUUAUGUUCUUCUGAAUCCUUUUCCCCUGAAUCUCAGCAAAUUAUUUUACCAAUUACUACUUCAUUUUCUUUUUUAUCUAACUGCUGGUGCUGGUAUACAUGUGUGGUUCGUCAUCCUGCAGCUGAAUUGAAGCUUAUAGUAAUGAAGUCCAAUGCGUGACCUUGUUAACUGAAGACUGUAAGUCUCACUCUUAGUUAGAAGUUGUUGUAAACAGCUGAAAGUCCCCAGUUCAUGGAGAAGCUCAUUUAAUGGGGAGCUAUUUAAUGAACACAGUUUGUCAGUUAUCAAGGUUUCACCAACAUCUGACCUGGAACACUAAAGUAACACACAAUAAAAAUAUACUGUAUGUGUGGAAUAUAUGUGGUGGUCUGUUCUGUGCACAAUCUUACAAUCUGUGAUGAAAAUGUCUUCAAAUGAGAAACAGUAUCAAACUUUAAUCUUUCAAAAGUCUUUUAAAAAAGGGGAAAAAAAUCAAAGUUUAUGAAACAUUUUUGCUCAUUGAAAUAUCAGAUAUAAAAAAUUUAAUGUUCCAUGAAGGUAUUUCAUCUCUGAAGUCAUGAAAAGAGAAAAGUCUUCUCAGAUGUAAUUGUAGGAUUCGCUCAUCCUUCUUUUGAUUUACCUCCACCAAUUAGCUAAGGAUCAAUAGAGAACUGGAUCGUUUGGUGAUUUUCUCCUCUUGGGAUUCAUAGAUUCUUCCUGGUAGUGAUCCUAUAUGCACUCCUCCUCUGUGUUGUUACCCAGAAUCCUCCAGUGUGGACAAGCAUCAGGAGAUUUUACCGGAUUGACUUGUUUGGUAUCUUAAACGGUGGUGUUUAGGAAGCCUGAGGGAGUUUGGAUGAGGAUGAUUUGUUGGUUUUACGCGAAGGAGGGAGUUGAAUUUUCAGAUUAAAGUGUAGGAUUUCCCAACAGGUUUGAUAAUGUUUCUUUCGACGGAGUAAUUAUGCAAAUUAUCCCGCUUGUUAAGUCAGAUUGUCUUCACUCAGAUGUCUUUUAAUUUCAUUGCAUUUAUCCAGUUGGUUUUCUGUGAAGCUAAAAUUGUUUCUUAAAGGCCUCAUGGAGACAUUAGUGACAAUUGUGGUGAACACAUCAGUAAAUAACUUUACCAGUAUUAGCAUUUUCUUCUGUCUCUCUUUUCACUGGACUUGAAAAAUGACCCAAAACGACUCUGCUUCCUAUCAUAUCCAGAGCAAACUGCACAUGGAGGGUUUUCGCAGUCUCAGAGAGGGCGAGGCCGUCGAGUUUACCUUCAAGAAAUCAUCCAAAGGGCUCGAAUCUGUGCGGGUCACUGGGCCGAAAGGAGCUCCAUGUCUGGGCAGCGAAAGACGACCGAAAAGUGGCCAGAAACGACGCUCCAAAAGUGACAGGUGAGUCCUGCCUGAAGAAAACCCACUUUAUAUUAGAUGUACAACAAAUGAGGAGGAUGAUAAUAAGUUCUUGCAGGCUGUUUAUCUCAUAUAGUCACUGUGACCUGGCAUUAACUUUUACUGACUCUGGGCCAUCAGUCCAUGGGUGAUCUUGAACCCUGCUGAAUGCAUCUGGGUCAGAUUUUUUGCAAGAAGUUAAAAAAACAUUUAUUUAUCAGGUUUUGCAAAGUUUUGUGGUUGUUAUGCCAUGGUCUAUACUUUUAUGUAGCUUCAAAUCAAUACAUUACCUCAUCACUCUGCAUCCUGUCUUGUAAUAGAAAGAGCGGUAUCAAAAAGAGGAUCUGUAUUCCAACCAUAAAAAAAGUUUAAAAUAAUUUAAUAAGAGCCCCACCAGACCUCCAGAAGAGCACCAGACUUCUUACAGAGCCUUUAAGUUCCUAUCUGGGAGAAUAAUUGCGUCUAUUUUUACUGUAGGAGUCAUUACAUGCAGGAAAUCCUUCUUCAUCAACAACUUUUCUGUCACACUUGUUUGCAUCAUCAAGUUUAUUUCACAUCUGAAAAACUCCAAAUUCAAACUGUCACAACUUGCUUUUAUAUCGUCAUGCCAAGUCAGUUCAGCUAAAUCCCUUUUUGCCAGCUGACAAGUCCUUACUCAAGCAACAAGCUCAACAAAUAGAGAGGAAAUCUGUAUUAUUUGCCUUUUUCAGGCUCAGAGAGGGAAAAAUGUGUGAUGUAGGUAGAUGUAAUUCUCAAAAUACUUAAUACAACAUUUCAGCUUUUCAGGCGUUCCAGUUUGUUUGCUUUCUUUGUUUCAUACAGACUCUGUGUGCAUGUAUAUACUGUUUCCCACUAAAGUAAGGUCGACAUCUGGACCCACUAUGCCAACCUUAAAGGUGGGGUAGGCAGGAUCUGAGGAAGUGCCAGUUUUUGGGAGGAAUCUUGUAUGUAAACACUACCCCUGCCAACCAGUUUUCCCCUCAGCUCCUCCUCUUCCCUCCGUCUCUGCUCCAGCAAGCCCCGCCCACAAACGGACGCCCCUGCUCACUCGUACUGUUCCAAUUAAAUUCAGAUAUAAUACAGAUAAAUACUUUAGAUGAUUACAAAUGGAGCCCAGUCAAUGUGAAAGUAAACAGCAUUGGUGCUACUGUAGACGCCAACAGACUACCAGCAAACACAAUGUUUACAGGACUUCUAUAACCACGAUAAAGUGACAUACUUCAGGACCCGAGCUAAACAUUUUAGUGGCGCUACAACACGCAGCAGGUCCCAUUUGACAAGAAACACUUCUGUUACAGACACUUGGCUUACUUUGUUAAAGCGGUUUACCUGUCCAGCAGAAAGGUUACAGGGUCUGUAAUAUCCCAAAGCGUCCCCCAUUAUUGUUGACCCGUCUUUUUAGCUCUUGUCCGGGUGGUCUACCUCCUUUUUAAGCGGCCGUUAUUCCGCCAGAGUCUUCGGUAUUUACUUCGUUUUCUCGCUUGAGUUGGCAGUCGUGGCCAAAGGAGGAUUCAGACAAUUUUCUGUACUUUCUGGUUGGUUUCUACUGUCUGAUAUUGUAGCACGCUAACUUUGUUUGAGCUCGUGAACGACUUGGGGGAGCAGCAUCUGCCUCACAACCAAUCAAGUUGGGGAAGGCUGGGAAUGGUUUUGUUUACAGUCAGAAAGAAGGGGCCGCUCAAAAAACUUAAAAUGUUGACUACACAGACAGAACAGAAGACAGCGAUAUCGUUAUAUUACCAAGUGUCAUCAAUGACUUAUAGUUAUUGACUGAUAUUAAAAGCUUUUUUUGUAAAUACACCACAAAAAAAAAAAGCUUCUUUAACGGAUUCCUGCCUACCCCACCUUUAAGUCCCUCAGACCAACAUGGCAUCCAUUUUUCCAUCAGUGUAGUUUCAUCCUUCAUUGGCAAUAAUUUACAGACUUGCUCUUUACUGGUUAAAUACCCGGUUAGUUCCCUCAAGUAAAGUUGUUCUCUGUUUAGUAAAUCUAAACAGUAGAUCUGAUACCUGCUACCAGAGCAAGUUUUAUUUGUAGAUUUUAAACCACUGAGACCUGACCAGCUCAUUAAUGUGAAGGGUUUUAUGAAGUUCCUUAGUCAUCGUGCACAGUGGUAAAAGUAAUCCAGAAACUUGUCCUUGUCCCAGAGUUCCUGCUAAAUGUUUGAUUGCACUCGCUAUUCCUGAAACUUAAACGCAGCAUUCUGAGGAGAGAAGGAUUCCACUCAUUUAAUUGAUAACAGAUGUAGGUGCCCAUGAGGGGUGAAAGGUCAGCAUUGCCAUAGCAACGAUGGGAUGUGGUGUGCAAAUGAGGCAGAAGAAAGGAUAGGAGGAGGGGCAGUGAAGGAGCCAGGGUCAGGGGUCAGAGGUCAGAGUGGUAUUGAAACAAAGGAGCUCCCUCUGUCCACGCUGAUCAAUACUCGGACCUGAUGGGGGGCAGGGAGGGAGGAAGAGGUAGAGGAAGGGAGAAAGAGGUGGUUUGGUGUGAGGUGGUCAAGAGCAUCAAGAUAUACAAGAUAUUUCAAAAUAUACAUUAUAUUUUCUUAAACCUUCAACUGUCCCGUCAAAAGACACAAAUAAACACCUACAUGUAUAUUUUAUGUGUGAAAACACCUGAUAAGAUUUCAUCUCUGUGCCACAGAAGCAUGUGAAUGUUCCACUCUGUUCCUCUCAGUGUAUGUUCAUCACACAGAGGAGUUUAUGACAUCCUUAAAGCAUAGACCUGCUGCCCCAGAUUACUCACAGGAGUAGUCUUUUCACAAAUAGCUGAUUCUUUUUUAGGGCAUUUAAAGAGAGAUUCUACUUUUUUUUAACCUGAGCUGUGUUUUUACACAUUUUGGUGAGUUAAUGAUGAGUAUCAUUCAGAGUACAUUAAUGUCUCUGUUGACAUCACCUUUAAGAUGGGCAGCAUGCUUCGCACAAAGUGUCAUUGCCUUUUUUAUGCCUAGUGCCAAAAAGUAAUAUUUAGCCCAAGAAGAGGUGCAUUGCUGUAGAUGUUGAAAGUGUCAGAGGCUUUAACCAACAAAAAAACAGGUCGUAAGUCUAAAGUCAUGCUUGCAAUACUUCCCUGAUAUCCAGAGGGCGCAUAAAUGAGAUAACAAAAUAAACAGCAGUGACCCCCACUGUUUAUAAAAUACCUCACUGAUCACAUUUCCCCCUGAUAUUCAUGAAAACUUAAUAGUAUCCAUUACAUGCAGUACGAACUACAGCCAUGUGAUCCAGCUGUGAAGAGAAGUAAAUAACAGCUUAUCUUACUAUAAUUUCUAUUAUCUAAGAGCAUGGGACGUUAGUCAUCGUAAGGUCCUGUCUGAUACUGUCAGUCUGUCCUGAUUUUUGAGUAAUAAACAAAGUUAAUGCUGCUGCGCCUUGUGCAUAUUUAGAUGUACUCGUCUGUUAAUUUGGAAAACGCCUGGUUGUUUCUGCUGUUCAGAGGAACUGUUUCAGUGGAUUUAACAUCAAUCCUUGUCUUGAUACAUGUUUCAAUGGACUCAGCAGAAACAGUGUUUUGCUGUUUCUUAACAGGCAAAGUAAUGCAACCAAGUGCCCCAUAAUAGCUCUCCUUUAGACACUACAGUAUCACAAAGAUGCAAAGCUUGGACAAGCCAGAUUUAUUACAGGCACUUGUGAAACACGCUUCUUCUCUUUUCCUUGUUUAACAGUCUAUAAGUAUCCUAUUAAAGACAUUUUAAACACCAAGUUAUACAAAUGACAAAUACUUUUCACUCUGCCUUAACAAAAUUCAGCAUAAAUCUGUGUGUACUUUAUGGUUUAUUGUGCCUCUCAGUUACUAUUAUCAUGUUAAAGCGUUUACAGUUGUGGUCCAGAGGCAGAGUGAUGCCAUCUACCUAUGCAAUUUCAAAUAUUUUAACAUUUAAACAUCAAACCAGACAAAUGUAAGAAAGCUAAGUCUUCGUUCCGCAUGUCCUCUGCGUGCUUGAAGACUUUUGACAAAAAAUCUCAUCCUGCUGACUUGUGACUCUUAAAUGUGUCAUUUAUUGUGUAUAUUUCACACGGAAAUGGAAUAAACAGAGCUGUUUCCACAGCUGCAUUCAGAGUAUCAACUUUUAAACUGAUAAAUGAUAUCUGUUUUGACUGAAUGUUGGUAUGUUGAAUGUUGAAUAAACUAACUUUAUGAUAAAUAUUUUAAGUAGCUGUUUUGUUGAGACUCUUCAUAUUCCGUUGAGACCCUUUGGUUAGUUCACUGGUGUAUUUGUUUUUGUGUUACAGAGUAUUAAAAUGCAGUCUCUUACAUAAUUUAAAAGCAGUGUUACCUUUAUUGCUGCUCUCUGUACUCUAUUUACUUUAUUUACUUGUUUUCUAGCAGAUAGAGAGUAAAGGGGAAAACCCGAGGGCCUGUGGAAGAGCAGAUUGUGUGUGUGUGUGUGUGUGUGUGUGUGUGUGUGUGUGUGUGUGUGUGUGUGUGUGUGUGUGUGUGUAUACACAAAAUCAAUGGUUUUUAACUGCCUGUUUAAGUGGCCAGUGUCUCUUUGUGUCACACUGCACCCACUGACCUUAUUUAUCCUGACUUAAUGAAUUCACCAACAGGAUUUCACUUAGCUGCUGAUCAUUAGCUUUCUUAGCGUAGAUUUAUAGAUGAAUCCACAUCUGACUCACACAUCAACAAAUAAAAGCUGUUCUUUUCUUCAAUGACGGCAGCUUAUUGAGCCAUUACCUUUUGCCGUUAUAUAAUCAUUUCUUUUUAACAGACUUUGUAACAUUGCCAUAGGAGAAGUUUUACACAUGUGCAUUUGCACUCUGGAAGUUCCAAGUUUCCAUAUCACACUUAUUUAUCUGAAUAUUUGCACACAGUCGUAAUGUUACAUUCAGCUUUUAAGCCAAUAGACAGAAAAAAACAUUCUCCUCUAUGUUAAAGUUACUCAUCUUCAAACCCAAUGACUCUUCAAAGCUGCCAUCAUCCACCUAUCGUGAUUAUAUUAACAACAAAAAGACUUUCAGCUUUUAGUUUUCCAGAUCAAUGUCAAUUUGGAUAAAUCCUUGAACAGCUGCUCAGCACUGGGACUAAAGAUCAGGGGGCUGCACGGUGACAGGUUUGUUAAAAGAUGAAACAGGAAAGCUGGGAUGUGCUUCCCUCUAGUGGUAGAAUUUAAGCAUGACAUAUGACAUGAUACAAAUGGUAUUUUACUCAGGUUUUAGUUAAACUAAUUUGAACAGCAGCUUCUUUGAAAGAGCAACCAUUUAGAUAAUACAAUAAAACAGUAUUAAAGGAUUAAUUCACUGUUUAUUUAUGUGAUAAUUACAAUCACUCCUUGUAGUUGUCAUUUGUGUUUACAACAAUUAUCUCAAUUUUUUACUUACAGUUUAAUUAUUACACUUUUUGAAGUAACCUUUUUAUAAUCCUGUGCCGAUCAUUUUGUUUCGUCUAUCACUGACAGAAAAAAAAACAUGCCCAUGUGGGUUUGAUGACGAACAUAAAGGUGAUUUAAAUUUAUUUGUAAGAUUUGCUUUUUGAGAGACAUAAAGUCAGAAACAGGUUGUGAGUGUUACUUUUUUUUACCCCCCAGUUUUGUUGUCAUGAAACAACCUUUGCAGAAAACGUCUGAGACUAGCUGUUAGGGUCUUCUUAGCUCCUCAUACAGCCCUGAUAGCAUGUUCAUCAUGUUUUGAAAGAGUCAUAUGCAAAUGUAUGAGGAUAUACUCCUCCUGUAUACUCCUUCAGAAACUUUUUCACCUUCUCAUCCGACCUUUACCCGUACUCAACAAGACAAAAUGGCCAUCUUCAGUUACCUUUCUGUCGAACUUCUUGUCAUCAGUCUAAUAUCACUUUUAGAGGACCGAAACUAUGGAAUAAUCUGGAUGCAUCUCUAAAAUCAAUAUUAUCCUUCAAAUCCUUGAAAAUAUCAUUGAAAUCUCAUCUAACCAUGUCUUAAAUACAUCAUUAUUUGUUAUGAUUGUGUUUCUUUCCUUUUUAUUUAUAAUUAUAUUGUCUCUAUCUGAGGUUGAUGAUUAGUCUAUGUUUUAUUUAUGACAAUUUGUAUAUGUUUUGACCUUUCCCUACUCAUUGUAUAUUUAUAACCUGUUUAUGUCCUAGUUACUUUGUUGUUCGCACCCUAUGCCUUCACUGCCCUGACUGAGGUGGAAAAAAUAAAUAGAAAUAGAGGAAAGUUUUCUAUUCAAAAAUAGACAUUUGAUGGAUGUGUUUGAGGAUAAUUAAACUCAGAGAAAUGCGGGUAAAACAAGGUUCAAGCAUUGAUUCGAGCCUUCGAUCAAUGGGUUUGAUUAUUUCAUUACAUUUUGAUUGCUUAAGUAACCAAAAAGAAACUGUUUUAGUUCUUUGACAUUCAUUUUCUCUUUUCUCUUUAUUCUAGAUGCUACAACUGUGGAGAGCCCGGUCAUCACGCCAAAGAGUGUCAGCUGCCUCCUCAGCCCAAAAAGUGCCAUUGCUGUCAGAGUAUUUCCCACAUGGUGGCCAACUGUCCGGUCAAAGCACAGCAGCAGCAGCAGCAGCAGCUGCAUUUGUCUCUAAGCGCUCAGGGAACAUCUUCCUCUCAGGAGGAGAAGGAAGGGGAGCAAAGUCAGCCUCCCCCUCCCUGAAAACUAAGAGUGAGAGAAAGUGCGAGGUUUUUCACUGGAACACUGCCCACAAAAAGAGCUACCUCAGGUUUUAUUUAUUGAGCCACAAAAUGGAAGACAUCACUGUGAUACUUUUGUGAUAUGUACUGAUCUCUAUAUCAGAAGCUUUUAUCUCUCUUUGUUGUUUUUCUGUCUUGAAUAAGUGUCCUCGCUCGGAAAAGAAACAAUCAGAUUUACUGAAUAUCCAGCCAAUACGUAGCCGCAGGUAUAAAGUCCUACUUGGGACUGGUUUGACUGGUUUUGUGCCUCUGUAAACAUUUGACAAAAUCCAUAUAACGUCAUUAUUAAGACAAUUAAUGCUGUACUUUGAACGAGUCAUUUUACAACAUGAGAUAUUCGCCAAAAUAUCACCACUUUUACUGACAAAGAAAGUGGUCCUAAGUGAUAAAACAAAGCAUCGUUUCAUUCUAUAUCACCAGAGUUGAAAUAUAAAAUAAACAAUCCAACAUUUGAAUGUAAGAAAAAAGAGCAUAUCCUGAGUAUCUCCCUUUACUGGGAACACUUCUCGGGUUCAUGUAGUUAAAAACGUAGUAACAAGAUAAGUGCCAUAACUUUCACUUUUCAGGUUGAUAAAAGCUGCUUUUGAAAGCCACAUAACACUGAAAACAAGAAUAUUUUCAUACAUGGAAACCACAUGAACAGGACUUCUUUCCAUUAGCGGUGAAGUCAAUGUCUUAAUAACCAAGUUGCCAUGUCACUGUUUAAAUUUAUAUGCAAGACCAGUAUUGAUUGUAUUGGCAGACUUUGUCUGCAAAACAGUAUAAAUCCAAAGGAAGUGUUUUCACAUAUCAGGGAUGUUUUCACGUAAACAAUAUUCACUCAGUUAUUGUAAACUGAAGGUGAAGCUGAAGUCAGGGGCUGGCU